CUGUGUGUCUGAUUUUUCGCCUGUCGGGGCAGAAAGAUUUAGCGGGUGCAAAACAAGACGUCUUUCUACUUUGUCUGUCUGCCUGUAAGUCCUUUUACUCGAGUAGUUGGGAAGAAGUGAGAGAGAUAAAGUACUUGAGUAGAAAAGGUGCUAAAUGGCAAGUGGUUUUUACAGAUUAAAAGCGAGUAUCCCAAAAAAUAUAACCUCAUGCAUCAAACAUUCCACAUUUAGAAAUUGUUUGUCCAAGGUAAAAUGGCGAACAAUUGUGAAUAUAGCUAUCAAUUCUGGAUGCUUUGAUGAUAGCAUACCAAUACAAAAGAAAAUAAGUGAAAGUAGAAAAUCUCUGGAUUUACACACUUUAAGAACCAAGGAAAAAGGAGACUGGAAAAAACUGACAUUGGAAGAAAAGCAAGCAUAGGCAUGGCUUAUCCUAGAUCCUCAGAUAAUGUGGUCACUCUCACUGGAUGGCAUUCACGUAUAUCGAAUGAGUUUUAGUCAACCUUUGUGUGAAGUAAUUGAUCAACCAGAUGAUGAAUGGAAAUUAAUAUUAGCUGGAACUUUUACUGCAAUGGGUCUGAUGACUUUAGGAAUGUAUAUGUGGUUGGUACAGUCAAAGAGAAGAACUGAAACCUUUCCUGGAAUUAGUAUAUUUCAAAAUAAAAAUAAAAAUGAAGAAAUGAACUUGUUUUAUGGCAAAGGCAAAAAUUCUGUACCUGAAUCUAGGAAUUAGAAUGUGAAAUUUUAAAGUUAGUGGUGAAUAUAGUACUUUCAACUGUAAAAAAAUUCAUUGUCUGAAGUUUAGUUUUAUGUGUUAUUAAAGCUUAUUCUAAUAGUU